CCCGCGCAAGCAUCCUACUGAAAGCUGCUCUAUGCGCAGGUGGGAUUGCGGAGCCAGGAGACCCAGUGGGCUAAGGACCCAGGUCCUCAGGUCCUUGGAGGCGGGAAGGAAGUAGCCCACGCGGGAAAGGGGCUUCGGAGACGCCGAGCUACACAGCAUGCGUUUCUCCCGGAGCUCCGACGACAGGCAGGGGAGCAACUCCAGCUCCUGGUGGCCUCUGGCUGCGGACGGUGCCAACGUGAGCCGAGAGGGCGAUGGGCUGCGGGAAGGUGGUGAGCCGCAGGGGGACGUGCGCAACGAGGAGUUGGCCAAGCUGGAGAUCGCCGUCUUGGCGGUGAUUUUCGUGGUGGCGGUGCUCGGCAACAGCUGCGUGCUGCUGGCGCUCCACCGCACACCUCGCAAGACAUCCCGGAUGCACCUCUUCAUCCGGCACCUCAGCCUGGCCGACCUGGCGGUCGCCUUCUUCCAAGUGUUACCACAGCUGUGCUGGGACAUCACCUACCGCUUCCGCGGGCCCGACUGGCUGUGCCGCGUGGUAAAGCACCUGCAGGUGUUCGCCAUGUUCGCGUCCGCCUACAUGUUGGUGGUCAUGACCGCAGACCGCUACAUCGCCGUGUGCCACCCGCUCAAGACUCUGCAGCAGCCGGCGCGCCGCUCGCGGCUCAUGAUCGCCGCCUCUUGGGUGCUGAGUUUCGUGCUGAGCACACCGCAAUACUUCAUCUUCUCCAUGAUCGAAAUCGAGGUGAACAACGGCACCAAGGCUCAAGACUGCUGGGCCACUUUCAUCCAGCCCUGGGGUACCCGCGCCUAUGUGACCUGGAUGACGAGCGGCAUCUUCGUGGUACCCGUGGUCAUCUUGGGUACCUGCUACGGCUUCAUCUGCUACCACAUCUGGCGCAACGUCCGGGGAAAGACCGCGUCGCGCCAGAGGAAAGGCUCCUCUGGGGAAGCUGCCAGCGCCUUCCACAAGGGGUUCCUGGUCACGCCUUGUGUCAGCAGCGUGAAGACCAUUUCCCGCGCCAAGAUCCGCACGGUGAAGAUGACUUUUGUGAUCGUGACGGCCUACAUCCUCUGCUGGGCGCCUUUCUUCAUCGUCCAGAUGUGGUCAGUCUGGGAUGAGAAAUUCAUUUGGACAGACUCAGAAAACCCUUCCAUCACCAUCACUGCUUUACUGGCCUCCUUGAACAGCUGCUGCAACCCCUGGAUAUACAUGUUUUUUAGUGGCCAUCUCCUGCAAGACUGUGUCCAAAGUUUCCUGUGCUGCCAAAGCAUGAAACUGCGAUUCAACAAGGAUGAUUCAGACAGCAUGAACCGAAGACAUACUUCUUACUCUCACAACCGGAGCCCGACAAACAGCACCGGGAUAUGGAAGGACUCUCCUAAAUCUUCCAAGUCCAUAAGAUUCAUUCCUGCUUCUACCUGAG